AUGAUCAUAGGUGCCCUUAUCAAAACCACUCCUACUGUCACUAUAUACCCUCGUUCAUUUUUCGACACCCCUAAACCCUUGCAAGUUUUACAGUCCAUUCAGAAACUCAAAAGCUACAAAACUCUGAUGGCGGCGGCCGCGCCAACCACUUUCUCCUCCACCAACACCACCACCUCCGCAUCAUCGAAACUCCUUAAGCCACCAACCAAAGUUCCUGCUCUCAGCUUGGGCUUCCUUUCAUCGUCUACCCCUUCGCUUAAUCGGCUCCGCGCUUCCGCUUCCCAAGCCGGAGCCUCACACGCAGGUUCGGCCCUCUCGGCUCGUAUGGUCUCUGCUCCGACCAUCAAGCCGCCCGCCUCUCUCGAUUUCGACACCUCUGUUUUCACCAAGGAGAAAAUCAACCUUUCUGGCCAUGAUGAGUACAUUGUGAGAGGAGGGAGAAAUUUGUUCAAGCUUUUGCCUGAUGCAUUCAAGGGUAUCAAGCAGAUUGGGGUGAUUGGUUGGGGCUCACAGGGACCAGCUCAAGCUCAGAACUUGAGGGAUUCUCUUGCUGAAGCAAAAUCUGAUAUUGUGGUCAAGAUUGGUUUGAGGAAGGGUUCUCGCUCAUUUGCUGAGGCUCGUGCUGCUGGGUUUUCUGAAGAAAAUGGAACCCUGGGGGACAUAUGGGAGACUGUCUCUGGCAGUGAUUUGGUGCUGCUCUUGAUAUCCGAUGCAGCUCAGGCUGAUAAUUAUGAGAAAGUGUUCUCCCACAUGAAACCAAAUAGCAUACUUGGACUUUCCCAUGGAUUCCUUUUGGGCCAUUUGCAGUCGUUGGGCCUUGACUUUCCCAAAAACAUCAGUGUCAUAGCUGUAUGUCCAAAGGGAAUGGGACCCUCUGUUAGAAGGUUAUAUGUACAAGGGAAAGAAAUCAAUGGUGCUGGAAUUAAUUCGAGUUUUGCUGUCCACCAGGAUAUUGAUGUCAGAGCUACAGACGUUGCCCUUGGAUGGUCUGUUGCCCUUGGUUCUCCUUUUACUUUUGCCACUACUCUGGAGCAGGAGUACAAGAGCGAUAUUUUUGGGGAGCGAGGCAUUUUACUCGGUGCUGUGCAUGGCAUUGUGGAAUCAUUGUUCAGAAGGUACACUGAAAAUGGAAUGAGUGAGGAAGUUGCCUACAAGAACACCGUGGAGUGCAUAACUGGGGUUAUUUCGAGGACCAUAUCAACAAAGGGUAUGCUGGCUGUGUACGAUUCAUUGACUGAAGAUGGCAAAAAGGAAUUUGAUGCUGCAUAUAGCGCUUCAUAUUAUCCCUGCAUGGACAUCUUAUAUGAGUGCUAUGAAGAUGUAGCCAGUUGCAGUGAGAUCAGGAGUGUCGUCUUGGCCGGACGUCGUUUUUAUGAGAAGGAAGGUUUACCAGCUUUCCCAAUGGGCAACAUUGACCAGACGCGGAUGUGGAAAGUUGGUGAGAAAGUUCGAGCAGCACGUCCAGCGGGUGACUUGGGACCUUUGUAUCCUUUCACUGCAGGUGUCUAUGUGGCAUUGAUGAUGGCCCAGAUUGAGAUUCUGAGAAAGAAAGGGCACUCCUACUCGGAGAUUAUCAACGAGAGUGUAAUCGAGUCUGUUGAUUCAUUGAAUCCUUUCAUGCAUGCUAGAGGCGUUUCAUUCAUGGUUGACAAUUGUUCGACAACAGCAAGACUAGGAUCAAGGAAGUGGGCCCCUCGUUUCGAUUACAUUCUCACACAGCAGGCUUUGGUAGCCGUGGAUAAAGGUGCUCCUAUUAACCGAGAUCUCAUUAGCAACUUCUUAUCAGAUCCUGUGCAUGGAGCAAUCGAAGUAUGUGCCCAAUUGAGACCUACUGUGGACAUAUCAGUGCCCCCAGAUGCUGAUUUUGUCCGUCCUGAGUUGCGUCAGUCCAGCAACUGA